GACUGUGUGGCCUCAACUUCAAACAAGACGCGACAAGGCGUGUUAUUUACGUUUGUUGAUUCCACACUCAUCUCAACACAAACCUCCUCCUCCUCUUCCUUCUCAUAUUUGACAGUAAUAAACCCUGAUGGGCCAAGAUCCAGGGAUCCUUUCAAACGUUUUCAGUUUUGUCUCGCGAGAGAUUGGCGAGUUUAUGAUAAAUGCGACUGGAAAAUCUGAGUCUGGUACAUCCAAACGGAGACAGAGACGUGAUGCGAAAUCUAAAGAGCGGGGUAGGCGACGAAAAGGUUAUGAUGGCGGGAUGAUUGAGCAGUGGAGAGAGGCUAGCGGUAGCGAGAAGCACCGAGAUCCAGUCUGCACCGCGCCUGGUGUGACCUCCCGCUCCCCAUCUCCACGUCAUACCAGUCGUUCAAGAGACAGAAAAGUCCGUUCUCAUUCCCAAGAUGGCGCGCCCAUUCCUUCGUCACACUCUGACAUAACAUACCCCCGACUGCGCAAAAAGCCCUCUAUCACUAUGCCUGGCUCGCUUUUCCCCCGAUCAGAUUCGCUUCAACCCGAUUCCAUACCUCAUACUCCUCAAUCGAAUAUCGACGUCCACGCACAAGACUCGGAACCCGGCCCUUCCAAUUCUCAACACGAUACCCCUGCAGACCAAUCAGGUCCUUCCCCCUGGCGCACCCGCCCAAUCGCCUCCGUCCAGGACGCAGUACAACGAUUCACCGCGAGUGGAGGGGAAGAGAGGGACUUUUCGCUAUUGGUUGUCACAAGUCCUAUGGGUCCUGUAGAUCUGGAGAGCCCAGGCGUUGAUUCAGAAGCGCCGCAUAUACCCCUGCGUGGUGUCUCGCAGAAGGGGAAGGAACGCGCUGUUGAUGAUGGAGACGAGGAUUUAGCGUUUAUACUCGAUCACCACCGCGUGCAGGAUAAGGAAAAACAGCUUGAUGCUGUACGAAGGGAAACGGGAGCCAAGAGUAGCACUACGGGUGAUGGUGAGCGGGAUAAGGACAAGGAGCGCAUUAGAAUGUUGGAGGAAGAAGUAAGGAUGUUGAAGGAAGAGCUCUCCCGUCGCCACCGUUCGCCGCCUCCCCAACCGCCUCCCCAAACCCAAGUUCCAAUACCACCCCCACCUCCACCACUUCCACCUCCUCCUGGCGUCCGCAUCCCCCUACCUCAUCAUCUUGGCGAAAGCAGGGCCCUUUUUGCAAGUGCGCGCGCUGCCCUACGCUCAACUGAGGCCGCUACGACCGGGAGUACAAAUGAUCUGGCAAAGUCAGCAAGCGGUAAGAUGAGACAACCAACCGUCAACGUUCCCAGCGAUAAAAUGGCCGCAUUCCUGAACGAGAUGAGGACGGUGCGAUUGAGGAAAGUGGGGUCUUUGGCUAGUUCUGAACCUGGACCUGGGGGACUGAGUAGGGGCGUUAGUGAUCGACCUGGGCCGAGCGGAUUAAGCCGCAGUGUGAGUUCGAGUGCUGCUGGAGUAGAUGUGCGAAGAAUGGACGUAGUGAGGCGUCAGUCUACGGGCGUGAAUGUGAGCAAAGUGGCAUCGACCUCAAAAUUACCUUCCGCCUCGAGCAUUCCCAAACCGAAAUCUGCUCUAACCGCGUCAAAACCUUCAUCCUUACGCACUCACGCACCCCCCUCAUCGCACGCGACCCGCCCAGCCUUAAAUAAUAAACGUAAAGCAGACGUACUAGGCGACUCGGAAGGAGGAAUUACUUCCAAACGACAUUCAGGCACCCGUUCGCAAGUCCAGUCAGAUACGAGCUCUUCAUCGUCAUCCUCCAGAACACACGAAUUCUCCGGUUCCUCAAAUCUCUCACUCAUAGGUCCAUCACGCUCGAACGAAACAGACAUCACUACUCCCUCGUUAUGCUCUGAUAACGAGCUCGGAGGGGACGCGGAUGGUAGGAUGCCGUCGACGCCGCCUGGACCGAGGUCUGCUGCAGUGCAGAGCGUGCAUGAUGAGGUCAUAGAGAUCAUUGAUGUGGAUAUGGAAGACAAAAAUAACGAUAUUGAAAAAAUUACGCCCUCCCGCCCUCAAAGCGAUAUAUUCAAGAAACGCCCGCCGAUGUCGCCACUGCCUGUACCGACGCCAACGAGGGCGCGAGCGCCUGCGCGUGCCAAGGGCAGGAAGUCUUUGCCGACGCCUGAGAGGACAAAGAGGGGUGCGACGCCAAAGCCGAAGAGUAUUAUGUUGCUCGACGAGGAUGACGAUAGCGACGAUGAGGAUGAGCCGGAUGAAUUGGCGUUACCUCCGAAGUUGAAAUGGCGGCGCGAGGCUCAGCCCAGGGUCGCAGAGAAGUUGACUGCGGCGAAUAGCAAGGGCAAACGACGAUUGACGUUGGACGAAGAGCUUGCGCGGGCAAGGUCGUCUGAUCGGCUUGCGGAGCUUGGAUUAGAGAGUGAGGAGCUGUUUGGGACGGGUACUGGGAGUAAACGACGGGGAUUUUUAGCUGGGGGUGGUGCAGGUGGCGCACCUGUGUUUAUGGGCGCAGGGUAUGUUCGAGGUGUCGAAGAAGAUUCACUGGGCCUGCCAGUGUCGAGGAUACCCCGGCGAAAAGGCUAGCAUGUUUUAACAUAUUUAUCGUUAUCUUUAUCGCAUUCCCUUGACUCCUGUGUUAUUUCUUGUAUAGCUAGCUAUGACAUCUGUUCUUUUCGCCCAUCCGGAAUAUCCUUCCGCCUUGCACCUGUAGUAUAUCAACCAAAUACUAGAUAGCCGAACUAAGGAUAGAGCUGGAGAACCAGAACCAGACCAUUAUUGGACCGAACCGAUGGUCCAGUCCUUGGUUCUGCUCACUGGGAGAACCGAACCGGACCUGUCCAUCACUACCAUCCCCAGAAGAUUCUAUAUCACCUCGCAAAGAAAAUGCGUUUACUAUCGUUCCUCGCCGUUGUUAUUGCUUUGACAGCAUCUAUGUCUGUCAGUGCAUGUGGCUUAGAAGGAAACCGCUGCAUAAAAAGUACAGAUUGCUGUACAGGUUAUUAUUGUCCA